AUGGUCAAGAAGGCAUCCGUUCCUAACGCUUGGGAGGACGAUGACUGGGAGUCUGCUGCCGACAAGAUGGAUGGUGGGGCACCGUUGCAGCCUGAACCGCCGGCACCGCUGAGCAAAGCAGAGCGCCUUGCCCAGCAUGCCGAGUCAAACAGGAAGCUCUGGGAAUCAGCCGAUACCCCGACACCUCUGACCUUCCUUGAGGCCCAGCCCUCAGUGCCACUGGCUACGGGCUUCAAGCCGCAAGUUAAGGUACUCAGCCGCAAGCCCGCACCCCGGACCAUUGCCCGCCGUGAUCCUGUCACCGGCCAGCUCUCUCACCUCUCCCUGGCCGACGACGACGCCGACGACGAGGCCGCCGAGAAGAAGCCCCAGCUCACACCGGAGGAGAUUCGUGCCAAGCAGCAGCGAGAGCUCGAGGAGAAGCAGCGCCGAUACGAAGAGGCCCGCGCCAAGAUCUUUGGCGAAUCGAACCCCUCGUCCGGGGCCUCGAGCCCCGGGACGACGACCCCGCCCAGGAGCGGGGAGAAUGAGAGGGGAGGAGGAGGCCGCGGUCGUAGUAGGGGACGCGGCCGUGGCGGCGGGCACCGAGGAAACAACUCAAGCCGGCAGGAGGACUACAGGCGACCCGGCAGCAGCAGAGCCGACACCGUCCGUUCCGAGAGCGGCCGCGAGCUCUUCGAUCCUGGCUAUGCGCCCAGGGGAGGCUUCGCAAUGCAGAAGCGAGGAGGCGAGCCCGGCCCGCACUCUGGCCGGUCCAUGCCAAGGGACGAGGAACAGCCCAAGCAGGCCCUGCGAGCGCCACGCGGACCGGACGGGAGCGGAAGAGGAGGGUUCGGCUUCGCCAAGCGAGGCACCAAGGAGGGUUGA